AAAACCCAACCCACAUUGAUUUCUCAGCCUCCAGCUAUUAAUACCCAUUGGGUCAAUUCCCCUGAAUCUUCCCUUUCUUCUGUUGUAUAUAACAGAUUUGGGUCUCUUGGGUUUGUUCUCGACCCAUUUUUUUAGAGAACCCAUGAAGUUUUUUUGGGUUAUUGGGUUGGUUUCUCUGAGUCUGGGGAGAUUUGUUCAUGGGUUUGAGCUUGAAGAGUGGAAUGUGACUGAGUCUGGUUAUGAGACUAAUGGGUUUGGGAGCAAACCUUUGCUUGUGGGUCUGACCCUCAUCCCCUAUGCUACUUCUAAAGGAGCUGUAUGUAUGGAUGGUAGCCCACCUGGUUACCACAUUCAUCAUGGAUUUGGGUCAGGAGCAAAUAAUUGGCUCGUUAAUUUAGAGGGAGGAGGCUGGUGCAAUAACCUAAGAACAUGUAUUUACCGAAAGAAAUCACGUCGUGGUUCAUCCUACUAUAUGGAGAAGGAGAUUCCAUUCACUGGAAUAAUGAGUGACAAACGUGAAGAGAAUCCUGACUUCUAUAAUUGGAACAGAGUCAAGGUUCGCUAUUGUGAUGGUGCGUCAUUCACUGGGGAAGGCUACAAUAGGCAAGUAGGUCUCUUUUUCCGUGGCCAACGUAUCUAUGAAGUUGCUAUGCAAGAUUUAAUGUCGAAGGGAAUGCGACAUGCUAAUCAGGCACUUCUUGCUGGGUGCUCUGCUGGAGGUAUAGCAUCUAUGCAACACUGUGACGAGUUUAGGGCAUUGUUCCCAAGAAGAACGAAAGUCAAGUGCCUCGCUGAUGCUGGGCUCUUUCUCGAUGCGGUUGAUGUAGCUGGUGGGAGGACAAUACGAUCUUUCUUUGAAGGUGUAGUAACUUUGCAGGGAUCAGCAAAGAACUUGCCAAGGACAUGCACUUCUCGGAUGGAUGGAACUUCGUGCUUCUUUCCACAGAAUGUGGUGCCAAAUAUUCAGACCCCAAUGUUUAUUCUGAAUACAGCAUACGAUGUAUGGCAGCUCCAGCAAAGCUUAGCUCCCAACAAAGCUGAUCCUCAUGGCUAUUGGAAGGACUGUAAAUCUAACUAUGCAAAGUGCAAUGCAGAUCAAAUCCGGUUUUUGCAACGAUUUCGAAAUCAGAUGCUUAAUGAUGUAAAAGGCUUCUCCAGAUCCAGGCAAAAUGGUUUAUUUAUUAAUUCAUGCUUUGCCCAUUGCCAAAUGGAGAGGCAGGACACAUGGUAUGCAAAUAAUGGUCCCCAAAUUGGGAACAAGGGAAUUGCAAAGGCCAUAGGUGACUGGUACUUUGAUCGGGCUGAAGUAAAGGCUAUAGACUGCCCAUAUCCUUGUGACAGGACCUGCCGCAAUCUUGUAUUCAAAAGCGGGAACUAAAUUCAUUACUUCGGUUACUUCUCCAGUGAAGUAAAUUGAAGUAGUAUAUUCAUAUAUGAAGAUCAAAAUCAAUAUAACGAACAGAGAUAAUUGAAGUUUCUCCAUACCGCAAUAUUUGGAUGCCGACAGUGCUCCGCAAUUAUUGAGUGGACAAUUCUUUCAUGGGUACGAUCAGGAUAACGAUAUAGAAAUUAUGAGGAGCUUGUUACAGUAGAUAAUAAGUAAACAGCAACAUAUUCUAUCUUUUUUGUAUGGCUUCAUAGACUAAAUCAAGAAAUAUAUGAAUGCCUCAUUCAUUCUA